AUGCUGAAGAACCCCCAGGCAGUUUGCUGUGUGAUUGCUACUUCCAGUGCUUCCUCCUCGUGCUAUAAUAAUGGGCUCGGCGACCCUGACGACAGACCAAGAAGAGCUUCAGAAACGGAAACCGAAAUCCAAACCCCCGACCCACCCAAGCGUCUCCGCUCCUCGGCCCGCCGCGACGCCAAGAUAGGGACCGACGCCCCUGCCCCCGCCCCGGCCGCGGCCCGGAAGCGGCCGGGCGGGCAGGACGCGGCCGCGGCCGCCGACAGCAAGCGCCGCCGCGCGGAGCACCCCUCCUCCGGCUCCCGCGACCGCAACCCCCACCACCGGCCGCAGCAGAAGCCGGGGGACGAGGGCAAGGGGAAGAGGGAGACGAUGCGGGCGUCGCACAUCCUGAUCAAGCACGAGGGGUCCCGGCGCAAGGCCUCGUGGCGGGACCCCGACGGCGUCGCCAUCUCCGCCACCACCCGCGACGACGCCGCCGACCUCGCCCGCGCCCUCCGCGACCAGAUCGCCGCCGGGGAGCUCCAGUUCGACGCCGCCGCCCGCGACAACUCCGACUGCAACUCCGCCAAGCGCGGCGGCGACCUCGGUCCAUUCGAGAAGGGCAAGAUGCAGAAGCCUUUCGAGAAGGCGGUGAUUGCUCUGAAGGUGGGGGACAUGAGCGACGUGGUUGAUACUGAGAGCGGGGUGCACAUCAUCUUGAGGACCGGGUGACAGCGCCCGUGAAAGCUCUGUCGAUCCAUAUGAGAUUGGCUUGAAACAUUGCGCGUUCUCUUAAGCAGAGACCUUUUGUCAUUUAACUUGCAUUGUAACAGUGCUGACUGCAAAGCUACUAUGGGAUUGGUUGUAUGCCAGGAUUAGACGUCGGUGGUGCUUGUGUUGUCUCGAUAAUGUUACAGCUUUUGAGUGAAAUUCAGUUGUUAUUUAAGGUUUAAGUGUUGAACAGUCA